AUGGAGUUAGUAAAAUGUCAACCUGGUAUAUGCAAUUGUUCAUGUAAACCCGAGUCAUUGAUACCAACAACAACCUCAACCUCAACAACAACAACUUCAACAACAACUUCAACAACAACUUCAACAACAACAACAACAACAACAACAACAACAAAAGAUUUCAAUACAGAAACAUAA